UUUAUUGUGCGUUCAAAACAACUAAACUAUUAAUUAUUAAAAUAUCGUUUCAAUUGAUUACCAAAUGAAGCGAUUGUUAUGUAAUAAUUGAAUGCAUUUAAUGGUCUGCUUAUGACAUCUCCUCUCAAUUCAACUCAAUCUAAGGAACAAAAGGACAAAAAUGAUAAAACAAAGUUCACUAUUAAAAUGGGCUACAAAUGGGACUAAAAAUUUAACUAAUAUGAAGAGUUCGUCGAAAAACAAUUGGAUUCAUCCGCCGGAAGCUCUGACCAGAGGACACGUCGCGUAUUUAGUAAAGUUUUUAGGCAAUACAGACGUCGAUCAGCCAAAGGGUAUAGAAGUGGUGAAGGAAGGCAUUAGGAAAUUGAAGUUUAAUCAACACAUUAAAAGAGCUGAAGGUUCCAAAACGCCGAAAGUAGAGCUAACGAUAUCUAUCGAUGGAGUGGCCAUUCAAGAGCCCAAAUCGAAGCGAAUCUUCCAUCAGUUCCCAUUGCAUCGCAUCUCUUACUGCGCGGACGACAAGUCAGAGAAAAAGUUCUUCAGUUUUAUCGCCAAAGAGAGUGACUCCGAGAAACACAUCUGCUUUGUGUUCGUGAGCGACAAAUUGGCCGAAGAGAUCACACUAACCAUCGGUCAGGCCUUCGAUUUGGCUUAUCGUAAAUUCCUGGAGACGUCGGGACGCGAUCUCGAGAUGAAGAAACAGUUAAUGAUUUUACAGAAAAGAGUUCGAGAACUCGAGCAACAGAACAACGAACUGAGGGAUCGACUCAAUCACUACGAACACAAUGGCAAUGGACUUAAUGGCAAUGGCGUUGGAAAUCAUCACUCAGUGAACAACAAGUUAUAUAGCACUCACUUAGAGACCAAACACGUUAUGAACGGCAACGAUAACCAUAAGGCAGAGACGCCAUUACAGCCAUUGCCACCACUUCCACCACUGCAACCGCCGCCCAGUGCUCUCCCGCGAGCACUUAAUCGCAGUUUCUCUGAGAACCAAAGCGUCAAUCUAUUGGACUUAGAUAUAAGUCAAACGAAACCAAUUGUC